GCGAUGAGUGGUGCAAUGUAGCAGCCUGUCGCGGCGAAGCGCGUGUCAUUUCUCGAAUCCAUCGAUGGGCUGCCAGCAGUCGACGCCCGUGCGCGACCCGCAGCCGGUCGCUGCCGUCGAUCUUACCAACAAAUCGCUCUCGACGAUCGGAGACGCGCUUCAAGAAGACACAGCAGAGAAGUGGGCGGUCACGGUCCAGCGCGUCAAGAGCAAUGCCAUCCCAGAAGAGGCCAAGACGCCUCUUGCGGCUCAGGGCAUGUCACCACGCCGUGUCUCGGUCGCCGCCGACGUUGUUUCGGACCACGCGCCGGUCGCUGCGGUUGUCGACGACGCCAUCGCUGAGAACGACGCGGCGCUGGCCACGAUCGCGGACGCCUUGGCCGACGACGUGGCAGACAAGUGGGAAGCGCUGGUGCACGAGGUCGAGAUCUCGCGCAGCGCACCUGUCUCUGCCACCGAGAAAUCGCCCGCAGAAAGCGAUACGACCAACUUGGCAGCUGUCGCUGACGAGAACGCCGCUGUGCCUCCGGCCAUGGAUGAAGCUGCCGACGAAGAUUCGCCCAUGGAGACGACGAUUGUCCAAGCCGAGGGCAUCGAUCCACCGGCCAUCGUCAUCGACGAAGUCGAGAUGGAAGUCAUCAUGAUUGCGCCGUUGCACGACGGCGACACCAUGGACACUGUUGUCGAAGAACUGUCCGAGGUCGACGUCGACGUGGUCGAUGCUACCGACGAAGCGACGGACAACGAGACGGUUGAUGUUGUUGAAGAGUCGACAGUGGUUGACGAAGAGGAAGUGGAUGCUGCCGUGCCCAUGCCGCGCAGCACGGUGGGUCAGGAGUAUGUGCUGGACGAUCUCAUUGGGAGCACGGUGCCCGUGCACACGCGCGUCGUGGCCGCUGGCAUCGUCGACGAGAUCAUCGAAAGCGCCGUCGCGCGCGUCAACGCCAAGGAAACCGUUGAGGUCGACAUUGACGCCGAGAUGGACGCCGAGCAAAAGCUCCUUCAGGUCCAGCACGACCUUGCUGAGAUCGCUGCGGAGCUCGAGCAGAUCAAGGAAGCAAGCGAGAAGAUCGACAGCACGAACGAGUCGGACUAUAUUGGUAACGAGAUCGCGCCACAAGACGAGCCGGUACCACAGUCAUCGGACGCCACGACGGCCGACAUUGACAACCCAAUGGUCCCCAAGGCACCGUCUAGCAAGGCACCGUCAAGCAAGGCGCCGUCAAGCAAGAGCAAGCACUACAAGUCGCUCGGGUCGAGCGUCGAGAGUGGUAUCGUCAUGUACAACGUCCAAGUCCCAAGCGGCCGCGUCAUCCACAAGCGCUACAAUGACUUCAAGGUCCUUUACAGCGACAUGGCGCACGUCAUGCUCGUCAACGACGUCCACGGUGGCGGCGGUCUUCCGCCCAUGCCUCGCGCAGGUAUGAUGUCGCGCUUCACGCGCCAAAACAAGGCGAUGGUCCAGGAGCGCGAGCAGGUGUUCGAGUCGAUUUUGAAUGCGAUUGCAGAGCACCCGAUCGCGAGCCACAGCCCCGAGUUCCAGCACUUUCUGCGUUAA